AUGGAAAAUGAGAAGGCAAGAAGUGUGAAGGCAUUUGGGUUUUGGAAUGUUUAUUUGGUGAAGAGCGAAGCGAGAGAGGUGAAGGCGGAACUUGUUUAUAGGUUUCCGACAUGGCUGAACAAAUGGGAUAUUCUUAGUUCCACUGUAUAUGGUUACACAAGCACACAAAGGGCAUUGUUUAAGAUCGUUAAAAGAAAAAGAACGAGAGGAGAAUUUGAAGUAGACCUUCCAGAUCGUACGAACAGCUUAUUCCCAUAA